AUUACAAACCAAGAUGGCGGUGGUAUGGUCUAGGAUUGUUAAAAGGGGCGGCACUUCCGGUAAAAUACAAAUAUGAUUGGUUUAAAAGAGUAGCCAGUUAAAGUUCAAAAUACUGCAUUCUGAUUGGCUACUUGAGAGAAUGGUGCCACUUAAUAUGGUUAUUGACUACUUCCACCACAUAGGGAGCACAGAGUUGCUGCUGAACCUCUGCAAACUUUACCUGCAACCCAAGUUCAGUUCUCACUUCCUUCAAUACUAAAGACACCCUGCUAGUAAGAUUUUGUGAAUCCCUUAAAUGUCUUUGAUUUGAUUAAUUUUACUCAUUUCAUUAUUAUUUUUUUGCUGCAGCUACUCAGCAGAACCCCCGUGUCUGAUGCCAGGGAUAGUGUGAAGAUGGAAUCUGUCCCCAUUAAAGAGGAGCUCCCUGAGCUUGAACUCGUCCCCAUUAGACUGGUUUUCUCCGGAUUGCCUUCCCUCCCCAUGAAACAGGAGAUGCCAUGUGACAGCAUCAAGUCAGAGGUGCCUGGUAUUAAAGAUGAGAGCAAUGAACUGGAGAUCCCCCAGACAGCAGGACCAGGUCCCAUAAAAGAAGAGGUGCUGGAAAUGCCACUAAGCAGAAGCAUGUGUGAUGCCAUGGACAGUGUGAAGACUGAAUCUGACCCGAUUAAAGAGGAGCUCCCUGAACUUGAAGUGGUUCCCAUUACACUGUUAUCUGCACUGGCUUCCCUCCCCAUUAAACAGGAGCUCUGUGAGAUCAUGCCAUGCAGUGGCAUCAAGCCAGAGGGGUGUGCUGGGAUUAAAGCUGAACCCAGUGAAUUGGAGAUCUGCCAGACAGAAGAACCCGUUUCCUUGAAAGCAGCCCCCCCUGCGCUGGGUCCUGUACGCCUGCGGGCGUGUAGCGUGGUGCUGAAGAGAAUCUGCCUGAGAGUGCAGGGCGCUGGAGCAGAAGCCAGCUCUCCCAACAGCAUGCGAGGAUGUGGAAAGGAAGACGGGGGGAGCUCCCAUUCAGAGUGCAGUCCAGCAGGUUCCAGAAUAGCAGCUAAAGCAAGGGCGAGCAGUGACUGUGGGAAUGGUGUCACCAAGUCAGGAGGUUUUAGAAUACUCCAGCGAACGCGCAGAGGAAAGAAACCGUAUCUCUGCUCUGACUGUGGGAAGAGUUUCAGUUGGUCAGAAAACCUUGCAACACACCAGCGAACUCACACAGGAGAGAAACCAUUUCACUGCUCUGACUGUGGGAAGAGGUUUAGUCAUUCAGCAACCCUUGUAAUACACCAGCAAAUUCAUACAGGAGAAAAACCGUAUCGCUGUUCUGAAUGUGGGAAAGGGUUCAGUCACUUGGGAGAUCUUGUAAAACACUGCCGUGUUCACACAGGAGAGAAACCGUAUCAGUGUUCUGACUGUGGGAUGAGGUUUAAUCAGUCAGGACACCUUAAAACACACCAGCGAACACUCACAGGAGAGAAACCAUAUCGCUCUGACUGUGGGCAGAGUUUCAGUCGGUCAGGAAACCUUGCAUCUCACCAGCGAAUUCACACAGGAGAGAAACCAUAUCACUGUUCUGACUGUGGGAAGAGGUUUAGUCAUUCAGCAGCCCUUGAUUUCCAUUACACGAGAGUAGAUGUUAAAACUUCAUGCUGAUUUGAACUCGGCUCUCGCCAAGAUAAGCACCAACUAAGACGUAGCUUUACAGUAAACUAAUGUGAUCCAUAUGCGUCUCCAUCCAUUUACGUUUCCUUCCAUAUGAUGAUGUAGAUAUCCUUCUGUCUGGUGUUAAUGGCUGAAGUGUAAUGCUGGCUCCAGGGAUUAGCUUAUUUUGCCUCCCUGGCGCAUCAGCACACACAACGGCUGCGAUGCUGGCUCCGGGGAUCAACCAAAGUGCGGCCUCCCCAGCGCAUCAGCAUGACAACCGUCUGGAUUGAGCUAAGUAGGGUACAUCUCUGGGGUUUUCAAGUGGGCACCUUCCAUCCUCAGUGUUUCGUCGACUAGCCCACGACACCUCAAGAGGGCUCGACGGUGAUUCUGGCGUCCCAGCAUCACCCCCCUCCGUCCCCCACUCAACUCAGCCCAGCUUACUUACCUGUCCCCAGCCAGAAUCUUUCCGUCUCAACCACAGCCAGUUGCUGCUCCUCUCUGCUGCUUCAGAUAAGUUCUUCACUGUGCGACGCAACUCUUGGCCACUGAAUCCGACGUCU